AGAAAAAGAAAAUAAUAAUAAUGUUAUUAUUUUUUUCAACUUUCUAUAUCGAGUGGUCAUCCUUGAAGAGGAUGUAGCCAGAUCCCUACUAAUCCUCUGGUCAACAAAGCACAUGAUCUAAGGUGAAGGGCAUUCUUGUAAUUACUCCCCAAAGGACAUAUGACCUUUCCCCAUCCUCAACCUUCUCAUUCCUACGACUCCUGUCCCUUGGCUCUCACCUUUGUAAAAAUCCAACAUUUUCUUACACCCAAAAAGAACAUAAAAAAAAAGAAAAAAAAAAGACAAAGAAAUUAAUAUUUUUCCGUCGAAUUCAGUCGAGAAAUUCAAUUCCUUCAUUUCCAUUUCUGAGUAAAACUCUCCAAACGAGAUGAAGAGAAGAUGGGUGGCGAUCUGAUACAUCGUAGUGCGAGUUCUUGAUGACCUUGCCGAGUCGUUAAGGGGGUGUUCCAAACAGAAUUUGUUUCGUCUGUGGACAGGAAGAAAAUGGCAGGGGGAGGGGCUGCGCCAUCGCCCGGGUCCGCAAAGGCCAGGGAGCUCGAUCAGACCCCCACAUGGGCUGUCUCAGCAGUUUGUGCAGUGAUCGUCUUGAUCUCCAUCUUGUUGGAGAAGGCCCUCCAUUUUGUAGCAAAGGUCUUUCAAAGAAAGAAAAAGAAGCACAUGUUGGAAGCUCUCGAGAAGCUCAAAGGCGAGCUUAUGGUUCUUGGGUUCAUUUCUCUGCUCUUAACCUUUGGGCAAAGCUUCAUCUCGAAGAUAUGUAUUCCGGAGAGAUACGCGGACACAAUGCUGCCAUGUCCUCACAGGGGCAUUCCCCAAGGAGCAGCGAUUGGAGGAGGAGAUGCUGAGGAGUCCGCACAUCACCGCAGGCUUUUAUGGUACGAGCACAGAAUCUUAGUAGCCCAUGAUGGAAAGCCAGGAUGCAAGCAGCCGGGUCAUGUGCCACUGAUAUCGUUGAAUGGGUUGCAUCAGCUACACAUUUUCAUCUUCUUCUUAGCGGUGUUUCACGUGAUCUACAGUGUGAUCACUAUGACGCUCGGAAGAUUAAAGAUUCGUGAGUGGAAGGAGUGGGAAAGGGAGUCUGAUACUGAUCACGAGUACUUAAAUGAUCCUUCGAGAUUCAGGCUCACCCAUGAAACAUCCUUCGUGAGAGAUCACAUGAACGUUGGGACCAGAUCACCCGUGAUCUUUUAUAUUAUAUGCUUCUUUCGACAAUUUUACAGGUCCGUCCGCAAGGCUGAUUACUUGACCAUGCGCCAUGGAUUCGUGACGGUCCAUUUAGCCCCCGGAAGCAAGUUUGACUUCCAAAAGUACAUAAAAAGGUCCUUAGAAGAUGACUUCAAGGUAGUUGUUGCGAUCAGUCCUCUGCUAUGGCUUUCGGCAGUGACCUACCUGCUAUUGACUGUUCACGGUUGGGAUAUUAUGUUUUACUUAUCGAUGAUGCCACUCGUAGUAAUAUUAGCGGUUGAUACGAAACUUCAAGCUGUCAUAGCGACAAUGGCUAUUGAGAUCCAAGAGAGACACGCAGUGAUUCAAGGGAUACCUCUUGUACAAGUCUCCGACCGGAAUUUCUGGUUUGGCUGGCCCCAGUUAAUUCUUUACCUCAUUCAUUUCGUCCUAUUUCAGAACGCGUUCGAGAUAACAUAUUUCAUCUGGACAACGUAUGAGUUCGGGAUAUGGUCCUGUUUUCACGAUCAUUUCCCUCUUGUCGUUUUACGGGUCUGCUUUGGAUUCGUGGCUCAGUUCGUUUGCAGUUACAUCACACUGCCAUUGUAUGCUCUUGUUACUCAGAUGGGAACCACCAUGAAGAGGUCAAUAUUCGAUGAGCAGACGUCAAAGGCACUCAAACAAUGGCACAAGAAAGCAGUUCAGAAGAAGAACGAGGUCAAGCCCUUGGAGACCCCGACACUGACAUUGGGGGAAGGCCCUGCCCACUCGCCUGUGCAAUCCCCCGGGCAAAAUGCUCGGGCGCGAGUUCAAAACAACAACAGCAGCGAGGAUGCAGGCGCAGACAAGGCCGCCAACAUCAUGGCCAGCGUCGAUGUAACUGGGCAACAGCACCGGUCCCGUGAUGAGAAUGGCUAUAACGACCUGUUGACAGGCCCAUGACUGGAGUGAGCGAUCAUCGUCAGGGAAAACACGGUUCCAUAUGGGCUCAGGGAAUUGUUACUCCCUCUUCCCCACAACUUAUAUAUGGAUAGUACAUAGCGCGAUCAAGAGAUACUUGGUGUUAUGUAUCAACCGAGCCACGGCAUCAAUGUCCUUGUGUGUACCAGGCUCGUGUAUUCGAUCUCGAUGUGCCGAAAGUUUCUCCA